CCUUCGUGUCAUCGUGUUUCUGUAAUUCUUCUCGAGGGAAUUGAUAGAGUUUAAACGUUAGCUACCUGAUAGUUUCGGACGUCCGAAACUGUACACGUUUACGGCAGAGGAUGUGAGUUUCCGUGUUUGACUAGAGAACGCGAGACACUGAAGCCAGAUUAAAAAAUGCCGAAUGUUCACAGAAAGUGUGCGUAAUGGGACAUACAUUUGUGUUGAUUUGUUCGCUGAAAAGUCAAACACCUGGCGUAUAGCAACAAGAUCAAGAAUUUGGCUGCGGGAACGAAGCGUAAAUCAAAUCUGUGGUCGUCGCAACCUACAUAAAGAGUGAAAAGGUUUGAUUGUUCAAGCCACGUCUGUCGUUGGUUGUGGUCGCACAGCUUCUACCGGGGGUGAAAGGCACAAUGACAACAAGAGGCAAGGACAGGGGGUGCCGUGUGUGUGGAGGGACUCUGCACGGUAACCAAAGGCGAUGGCUGUUCGGAGGGCAGAAGAAGGGUGGUCUGCUACAAACUGCAAAUGAUUCCCACUCCAAAGGAAGUUUGGCAGGUUCUGCCUGGAGCAGCCCAUUAGGUAGCACUCUUUCACUGGGCUCAUCUCUCUCUCUCUCAAAGUCUUCUUCCCUGUCGUCCCCCUACAGAGGAGCUGACUUGCUCGCUAUUCUAACACACAUAUUAGGACAUACUGUACCAAGGGGCGAUAGGCGGGGGGAGUUUCUGUGUGGGAAAUGUGUGUCGGUUUUAGAGCGUGUGUUUAAAUUUGACACUGUCAUUGCCCGAGUCAAAGUCUUAUCGCUGGAGAGGCUGCAGAAGCUGAACCAGGAGAGGAACAAGACCAGAAAGUGGAUGUGCAGUGUAUACAGGCAGCAUAACCCCCAGGAUCGGAAAAUGAGGGGGGGCUCCAGCGAGGAAGAGGAUGGAGGAGGAAGUGGGACAGAGAUAGGCAUAGGGGAUACAUAUAGGGAAUUGCUGAGGAAAAAUAUGGCUCUGUCUGAAUUUGAAUGCUGGUCAGAAAAAUGGGACUCCUGCCCUUAUUUCAGGAGAACGGGUAAGAGAUGCAAGAAGGGAAAAAACUGCGAAGGAUGCGACUCUCUGAGGGUGUCUGAUUCAGACUAUGAGUCUGUAUGUGGAGUUCCCCGUCGCCUACCCUUUCAGCCUUUCUCCCCAUUGCCCCUCUCUCGGGAUAAGUCCCAAAGCAUGCCACUGCAGUGGUCAAGGGUGCCAUCUGUCAGCUCCAGCACCAUCUCUCGGGGUAGCUCUUGCAUCUCCUUAGCUGGGCCUUCUCACGCAGACUCCAUCCAAUCCUUGGACUCGCUGGAUGGAAAUUACCACUUCGAUUUGUCAGAGGAGCCCUCUGUCAACUUGGAGAAAGUGCUGAGAGAGUUAAGAGAUGUAGUGGCCAGGCCAGUCAGCUCGCCAGUAGGGAGCCGGAUUCCGGUUUUGGGCAGAAUGAAGAGAGGACUUCAGAGAGGUGCAGCAGAUCUGUCAGAGAUGGAGGUAGCUAGGGUGCUGAGUUUUGGAGCAGGGGAUGACCUGGGAGAAGAAGUGGAUGGAGAGCUCAAAGAUGUUUUGACUGAACUGAGAGAUGAAUUCAUCCCGCUACACAGAGAGAGAAGUGCCAGUCACAUGCACAUUGCUGUCAGGCAGCUUAAAGGACAACUGGAUCAAUCUCUUUCACGUAUAAAGACCCUAGAGUCACAACUCAAGGAUGCAAGCACACCUACACAGAGUGAUGACAGUCAGUCAAAUGAAUUGCUCAUGCCCCCACACAUGGACAGCGAGAAGAUGCUGCUUCAGACCAUGGGUGACACGCUGCACCGUAGAGAUAAGGUUAUACAGGACUGUGUGGCUUGCAUCAGUAAGCUUUGCACUGGGGCAGGAGUCAGUGCAGAUGUAAGCAACAGGCUGAUAGAUGAACUGACAAACACACUUAAAACCAUACAGACCGACUCUGAGCGAGUCCAGGAGUUCUCAAAGCUGAAGGAGAGGGAGCAGGGGAUGGAGAGAGAGAUGGAGGCUCUGAGACAGGCUGCAAGUGAGAGAGAGAGAGAUCUAAAUGUACUGAACACAGUGUUGCUGGGAAGCCAGGACAUCAUCAAUGAGCUGAGGGUGGAACUUGGAGAACGGGAUAAAGUCCAGAGGGAGGAGCAGCAGGAGAAGGAGGCGUGGAGAGAGCGAGACCAGGCCAUGAUGGCCAUUCUGAAGGAGAAAGAGGCACUCACUAGCUCCCUGAAGGAAGCACUGGAGAGCUCUCGGAGGGAUGUACAGGCUCUUUCAGACUCUGUGAUUGGCCAAGGGGUGUCAGGCGGUGGGGCUGAAGUUGCCCUGGCCUAUCAGCUCAAAGAGAAGGAGACAUUGCUGGCAGGCUGGCUGAGGGACAGAGAGGAGGAGAGUGCUUCUUUAUGGCAGGAGUUUGCUCAACUCACUGCAGCCCUGGAGGACAGUGAGACUCUGAUGCAGACGCAGAGAGCCAGUCACACUGAGACCAUGUCCAUGCUCUCUGAGCAGCUGAGAGAGGCACAGAAGGCCCUGCGGCAAAGAGAGAGAGAGAUCAAGGAGACUGAGAGAGAGCGGCAGGAAGAGAGAGAGGGGAGGGACGGGGAGCUGAGGAAGCUAAGAGAGAGUCUGGAGAAGAGGGAUGAGCUAAUACAGCAAGUUCUCUUGCACACUGAGGAGCGAGACCACCAGCUCAUGGAACUGCAACGGAGCAUCCGGACCAAAACAGCACCUCAGACCGCUAUCAAACACACGCUGUGAGGGCGACCGGGCCACAGAUCCAGGGAAAGGUUGCACUACUUGUUCUCCACCAAGUAAUUGCUUCAAUAUGAACACACAGGAUAUGCUAUUGGAAUUAUUCCAGGUGUACAUUUUAAGUGACUUCUGAAUACAUAAUGAAUAUUUAAUACAUAAUAUAUAUUUGAUCACACGUUUUCAUCGUGAAUCAAGUGCAAAUGUACAGGGGGUUCAUUUUCUUUUCUGAUUUUCUUUUUGUAAUCUUUCAGUUUUUAUUGAAAUAGGUGGUACAGUCUGUCAUGAUGAAUUGAAUUGGAAAAGGGAUCAUUAUAUUUAUUAAUAAUGUGAUGCUGUAUGAGUGUAUGGUAAAAUUCACUUCAGUGACUACGGUGGUUGAAUGAUACCUCAUUGUAACUGGAAGCAAUGCCAGCUUGUAAAGCAUUCCUUUGGGUGGCCUUUCCAUGCACUUUAUAAAGUAACAUGCUUUAACCAAUUCACUCAUAACAUAACAUCCAACUGAUCAUAUUAUUUGGGAACUACUUUAAAAGAACAGUCUCACAGCCUGUGCUUUUCCAAUGCCCUAAUCACUUGGGGAGUCACAAGAGUUCUUGCACAACUGUCCUGUUGAUGGCAUUGUUAUGCUUUGCUACUGUUCUAGGGUCUAUGGUAUACUGUGUUUUUGGGCCAUAUAAUAAUUAACGGAAGACAGGGCAGUAUAGAGAUGUGUCAAUUAUUUUGCUGCUUGAUUUUGUUUUAGUUUUUUUUAAUUCAGAAUUUUAACAGGGAUUUGGGGAUUAAGGCAUACUCUUAAAUGGCACAGAAAUGUACAGAAAAGUUGAAAAUGAAAAAAAACUUCUUGACUUCUUCAAUUUUAAGUUGCCAGCAAGUCUAUUACUCUAUCAGUGGUUUGGUAAUUGGGCAUUUUUCAUUACUUUUUAAAAGAAUAUCACUGCCAUACUUUCUCAGUGUAGUUCACCAAUGAACACACACACUAACGUGGUAAUGAGUGUGGGCAAUGACUGCUGCAUGUUACAUCUAAAUACCUUGUGAGUACCUGUGCAAGCUUUGACUUGAAUCAACCAAUUAAGUCAUUGUAAUUGAAGCAGAAUUAAAACUAGCAUACCCUGCAGUUUUUCAGCACUGAAAUAGUGCUUCUCUGCUCUUUAGCACUUCAAAAUAACUGGUGAUCUGUAUAGUAAAUUGUAAUGUGCAUAAAAGCAACUAUAAACUGUGUUUUAUUUCAGUUACGUAAACAAUGACAGUCCCCAAUAUAUCCAUCAGGCCAAUGAUCCAAGAUGAUGUACAGUACACUCUGCAAUAUCCUCCAGGGUUGUACCACACGUUGCUAUUACAGUCUUCCUGGAUUCAUUAAAAUGUUUUACAAAGCCA